AUGGAUCCGUCCCAGGUCAAGAUCCCGCCGUUGAUGGACCUGACCAUCGAAAACAUCACAGAGAACGUCAACCUGAUCAACUCGGCCAACCCGGAUCCGCGGUUCAAGUACAUUCUGGAGAGGCUGGUGGUGCACCUGCAUGACUUUGCAAGGGAGACGAGAUUGAGCACACAGGAGUGGAUGGCGGGGAUCCAGUUUUUGACAAAGACGGGACAUAUUUGCACGGAUGUGAGGCAGGAAUUCAUCCUCCUCUCCGACAUCCUCGGCCUCUCCCUGCUCGUCGACAGCAUCGACCACCCCAAACCCAAGAAUUCCACCGAGGGCACCGUGCUGGGCCCCUUCCACACGCACGAAGCCGAGCACCUGGAACACGGCAGCGCCAUGUCCCACGACGCCAACGGCGAACCUCUACUCGUGCUGUGCACCGUCAAGGACGUGUCGGGCCACCCCAUCGAGGGCGUCAAGAUUGACAUCUGGGAGACGGACUCGUCGGGGAAAUACGACGUGCAACAUCCCGAUCGAGACGGGCCUGAUGGCCGGUGUAUCAUGAAGAGCGACGCCCAGGGCGUAUUUUGGUUCAAUGCCAUUGUGCCCGUGCCCUACCCGAUCCCGCAUGACGGUCCCGUGGGACAGCUGUUGAAGAAGUUGGGCAGACAUCCCAUGAGGCCGGCGCACAUGCAUUUCAUGUUCGAGAAGGAGGGCUUUGAUCACUUGAUAACGGCGCUAUACCUGAAAAACGACCCCUACGAGACAUCCGAUGCCGUCUUUGGCGUGAAAAACUCCCUGAUCGUCGACCUCGGCAAAUGCGAUUCCGAAAUCGCACAAAAGUACGGCGUCAAGGAGGGCACCAAGCUCCUGACCUACGACUUUGUGCUGGUCACGGACAAGGAGAGCGCCGAGUUGAGGGCCGAGAACUCGAGAAAGGCGCUCGAAAGGUUGGGCAGACGCGUCAAGAUUGUAAAGGGGUUGCCGGUGCCGGAUGUUGAUUAG